AUGGUGCGCGGGGCCGCCGCAUGCCGCGCUGCCGCCGCCGCCCCGGGCGCCGCGGGAGCCGGGCGCGCCGGGGCCAGGGGCUCCGCCGGCAGCGGGAGGCCGCCGGGAGCCCGGGCUGCCACGCGCGGCCGGGAGAAGCGGGGCGGCCGCGGGGGCCGCGGGGCCGGGAGUUGGCGGCGAAGUUGGAGCCCGGCGGGCGAGGCGGGGGCGUCCCCCCCCGGCCGCCUCCAUCCCCCGGCCGCCGUCCCCCCCCCCGCCCUCAGCCGCCGGCGCUGGGGGGCCGCGCCCGGCGCCCCGCGCCCAUGGGCGGCCGCGGGCCCGGAGGCUGGAGGCGGCCGAUCGCCCGCGCCGGCUCCCUCCGCCGCCCGCCCGCCUUCCCCGGAGCUCGGAGCCCGCGGCCGAGAGCCCGGCUGGGCGCGCGAAACGGGUGAGGGAAGGGGAGAGGGACCCCGGCUCCUGGCUGCCCCCUCCCCGCCGCCGAGCGCCCGGGCUUCGGGGAGGGUCGGGCCGGGAGGUGGGCAGCGAGAGGGCUGCGGAGGAGCUCUCCCGCCCCGGCUCCGUUUGCACAAGUGCAGGGAAUGUUCCACUGACCUACAUAUUUUUCCAAACAUACGUGACCUUUUUUUUUCUCUCUCUCUCUCUCGUUCUGUGGGAGGAGACAGGCGUGGAUCCAAGAAAAGGAGAAGCUGGAAAGAGAACGAAAGGGGAAGCGGGGGAAAAAAAAUAAUAAAACCUCAACCAAAAAACCCGGCCCUGAAUCAGGGAUGGCUUCACAGCGCCUCAAGCAAACCCGGCGUGCGGGCUACCGUACGGGACCGGAGCGGCAUCCCCGCGCCGCGCUGCCGGCUGCCCCUAUAUCCCGUAUCCUCGCAUCCGCAUGUCCCUAUAUCUCUACAUCCCUUUACCCCUACAUCCCUAUAUCCCCAUCUCCCUUGUAUCCCUACGUCCCCCCAUCCUUACAUCUCCAUACCCGUGUAUCCCCCUAUCCCUAGAUCCCUACCCCCCCGUAUUCCCACAUCCCUACAUCCCCCUAUCUCUGACCCCAGAACAGUGCCGUGGGACGCCCGGCGGGACAGCAUCCAGGUGCAGCCCGGCCCGGCCUCACUCGGCGGCCGGGGACAUCCCCCGCCCGCAGGGGACACCCCACGAGCUCGGAGCAAGCCCCGGCCUCGCCGGGCACAGGCAGCAAGUCCCGAUGUGGUUAUGCAACGCCGCACCGGCAAUUAGAGCAAAACCUUGAGAGAGAGCUCUAUUUUUUUUUUUUUUUUUUGCAAAGUAGGUCAUUCUUUUUAUUCCUCUCUUCCCAUCAUUUAUUUUUUCUUUCUUUCUUUCUUCUUCUUUUUUUUUUUUUCCUAAGUUCUCCUGAAAAUUAGCCAGACAGAGAUAAGGAGCGUGCCGGAGCUGGGUAGCACUCUCCCUCACUACCCAUCCCUAGGAGCUCGGCCAGGGGACACAGGAGCUGGGCAGGGGAGCACUUCCAAGCCCUGCUUCCCUCUUCCCCUUGCCACCAUACCCGGUGACUAUGAUCCCCACCGCACACGGAUAUUAUCACAGGAAACUGUCACACUCUUCUGCUGAGCGCCUUCACACCGUUCUUUCUCCAGCGGGCAUGACUAAUGUUGAAAGGGUUACUGGUGUGUACUUGAAUUACGGCCACCACCAACAGGUUGGCUGAAGGCAAGGCAGGGUUUUCCCAGCACAUACCUGAGCCUGUUGUGAAACAACGACUUCUCCAAGUCCACGGACCUUCCUCCCAUCCAGCCGCCAAUGGAAAAUAACUGCAUGCUAUCGCUGCUGUGUUUGGUUUGGAAGCCAACCAAGGGACUCCGCUGGGUGCCACGUAUAAGAACAUUGGGGAAAGAGCCCAGUAUUCAGUUUUAAGAAUGAAAUCGUUUUAUAAUCACAAAAUACUGGUAAAUUGCUUCUCAGCCAUCAGGAGCCUGCAAUCUCAAGUCGCAAUCCCUUUGUUUCGACUAGAAUAGGCUGGCCAACCAUGGCAGCCCAGAAAAGAUGCACCAGGGCUACCAAUGGACUGCCACCCACCAGAUGGGUGCCUCCCAAGGUGGGAGCCACAGGGGGAGUGGGAGAUGACAGCAGCUGCCCUCAGGACAUAACUGCUCCAGUGAUCUACACAUGGAGCCUACUUUUGGGUUGGUGGUUGUGUAGAAGGAAAAAGGGCCCCCAAAUAAUCUUCUUCUAAUCAAUGUGAAUGGUGCCACAGUCACUGUGGGAGAGGGGGCAUGGUGGAAAAGAAGAAAGGAGCCUCCAAGAAAAGACCAGUUUACAUAGAAUAGGGUGCUAUUUUCCGAUAUUUAUAAGUAAGAAGGAGAUGAGCAAGGAUUAAUUUGAUUAAUAUUACCCUUGCGUUAAUUAAUGGGCAGGACAGACAGAUGUGGAGAGCUGCUUCCGUGUGUAACGCACUUCUGUAACCAGUUCUUGCAGAGAUUUCUGCAGAGAGAAGCAGCCUUUGGAGGAUGAGCAUUAUUUCCCAUUCUGCAGCUUACAGGUUCCUGGGAGAGGCAUAGUUAUCACCUGGCAGCACGCCCCUGAACCAGGUGCCACAGAGAAAUGGGAGCCAAAUGCACCCUGCCGGUGCUGCCCAGAGUGCUCGAGGAGGAUGUCUGAUAAAACCCCAGCUCUGUGCAGCUAGGAAACCAAGCUGCCUGUUUUCCUGCAUGGUUGUUACAAAAUAAGAGCCAACGUGUUGAUUUGAACUUAGCUUAGCCUGGUUAAUUUUGUAGGAAAAAAUGUAUCUAUUCCAAAGGGUAUUCCUGGAAAGACUUCGCCUUAUGUACAGCCUACUUGAGAGUUUAGUUCUUCAGUUUAUUCAAAAGAAGGUGUGCAGGUUUUCUUUAAGCGGUUAAUGCUAGGAGGAAGCAGGAAGAAGGGCUGAAAAAUUAGUGACUAAACUUUGAAUAGAUUUCAUGUCUGGAAGGGUAGAAAUUGUUGCUGGUUGUAUAGAAGGCCCUGAAUCCUACCACUGCUCAGCAAUUUGUGGCCGAAUGUCUGCAGCCUUCCUGUGGAUCAAAUCUGUUCUGCAGCACAAGCUAAACGUAUGCACUCAGCUGCUGCAGAGCAAUAUGUGUACCAGCCUGGAGAGCCCAACCUCGAGGCUGUGGAAAUAAUAAUUUCUGGUGUGGGACAGACAAGAUGGUCCCCUUACCCUCUGGUUGUCCUUUGUUCCUGCCAGCCCAAACACCGCAUUAUCCUCACUUGUGCUGGGAUGGGAACACAUUUCACAGCAAAGUCUUGGUCCAGCAGGACUGCGCUGGUUAACGUGAACAAGGAACUAUGCCCUGGCUGUACCUGGGAGAAAGGCUCUGAGCUGAAAUCAGGCUGCUAAAGCUUGGAUAGCCUCGAAAGAUGUUCAAGAAAAUGAGUUUCAGACUGAAAUCUAGCAGUAAAGUAUCCAUUUUUCUCUGGAAGUCUCAGUGAGACAGGAGAUAAUGAAGUGUUGCAGUCCCACAACUGAAUUAAGAACAGCUGGGAGGGGCCUCAGUGCAAACGCAGCAUCUUUGGUUUUACCAUCACUAAAGAGAGCAAUGGCAUUAAUGGAUCUAUGCAUCUGUAGAAAUAUUUUAAUUCUUGGCAGGUUUCAACCUUCUACCUCUUCCUGAAGCUCUAGGAAGGUGCAGCUACCAUUGCCUUUCUCCUUACAGCAGCUGCCUGAUCCUUCUCUCCACUGACUUCAGGAGGAAAUGGGUUAGGCCUGUAGCUACCUCAGCUCCGGGUUCUGAAUAAUCUUUCCAAAUUCUUUAUUACUUGCUCCCUCUCUUUUUUUUUUUUUUUUUCUGAUUACUGUUCUUGCUCACAACCUUGUUGGUACACUACUUAACACCAUGCUUGCUCUUUCAAGUUCUCAGCUUUCAUUGAUUCUCUGCAGCACUCUGCUCUUGCACCUACCUUCAGUUCAAAAUGUUUAACGUGGAUUAGUAAAACUCUUGAAAAAUCACAUGUGAAAGUUAUGUAAAUUACUGAAAUAAUGCAGAAAUCUUCAAACUUGUGGGCCACAUGGAUUUGGCCUUGCAUGUAAAUCUUACCACCUAUGAUUUUCAAAAAGUAUCAAGAAAAUGUAUAUGCCUGGAUUUAGAAGCUUAACUUAAAAACAUUAGCUCAGAAGAUAUUGCUCCAGGAUGCUUGUAGCAUAAACAGUGAGAUCUUUCUCAUUAUCUUCUCUUAUACGUGAUAAAGGAAUAUCAUGGCCACUGAUUUUGACCUUCUGCACCUCCAGGGUGCAGAAUUUCCCAAGUGCAUCUGGUCAGGUGUCAUACUGUCAAACUAAAGAAUGUUGAUCUUGACAUAAAAAAACCUUGGGCUGCCCCCACCAGCUCAGGCUGCCCAGAGCCCCAUCCAACCUGGCCUUGAGUACCUUCAGGGUUGGGGCACCACAGCUUCUCUGGGCAGCUGUGCCAGGGCCUCACUGCCCUCAGCAAAGAAUUUCCUCUUAACAUCUGACUUAAGUCCCCUCUCUUCUAGUUUAAAGCCAUUCCCGCUCGUCCUGUCACAAUCAGGCCAUGUAAAAAGUUGAUCUGCUUUCUAUUUUGUCAGUGGCAAUGAGCUUCUUUGUGGCCUGUUCCUUCUUUUUUGUCACUGUCAGCUUCUCUUUGUGAUACUCAUACCAUCUGCAGUUCUGCUUUCACUGUGAGUACUCUGGGACAGUGCUGAACACAACCCUAGCAAACAAUUUCCCUAGUGCCAAAUCUGGUGAGGUGAUUCUGUUGCUUUUGCGAAGCCGAAGCUUUGACUCUGACAUCUUGGAGCUGUGUUCACCAUCGGUGCAGGCUGGUGGGGGAGGCUGUGCUGCUCUGCUCUCACGGAGCACUACAGAGGGGAGGGAGCAGAGGAAGAGAGAUUUAUGGAGGUAAAUAUUGACUCAAAGAAAGGAGACGUAAAGGAGAAUGUGGGAGAGUUGUAAAUGAGCCAGAGAGGAUGGAGAGAAUUCUUCAGCAACUGUAAUUAGGUUAGAUUUCAGAAGUAAUUGCAGUGUUCCAGCAUCAGCAGAUCCUGUAGGCAAUAUUUGCCUUCAGCUGUUCUUGCAGAGAAACAGGCAGGGCCUGAUCCUGACGUCGCUCAGUAAUUGUGCACAGAUGUGGGCCCGCCGCCCCGCCGAUUCACUCCCAUUGACAACUGGAAGCGGGAGCUGCGUCAGGCCGGGCCGUUCUCAGCCAGACACAAACACAGCUGUGUGUGUGGACACAAACACACAGCGCCUUUUGUUUCUCUUGUCUAAGUGGAAGAAUAUGCAGUUAACAGAGCUGCCUGCGAGGGGGUGUGUUAGCAACCUCAUAUUGAAAAAAACGUGUCUUGGAGAUGGAGGGGAUGAGGGUGAGGUGGUAGCAGGGCCUGGUCAGGGCCACGUCCACUGAGGAGGGUGCAAGGAAGCCAGACAAGUGCCGGCCUUACCCCAUAGGGUGAUGCAGGACCUGGGGUGCCAGGCCUGUUGCCAUCGCAAGUCCUUUAAAUGUGUAAAACCAGAUUAUGUAGGCUGUCUGCAGGGAAAAUGGAUUUCACCUGUAAGCCUUUUGCAGAGGUUUUAUAUUAGCAGUUCAUGCACCAUCAGAAAAUCAAUUACCAUUGGUAUUACAUGCAGAUGAACAGUGCAGAGUGACGGAGAAUUCAUUUUACACAACGCUUUUAAUGAAAUGCUAAAUACAGCAAAAUGUUUUCCAAAUGGUUCUGUGUCAGAGGCGGGUCUCUGCAGGGAAGUCUGCACCUGUGCGAUUCAGAUGAGGAUUGAGUCUCAUACUUCAUGAUGCUAACAUUGGUCAAGUACAUAUUUCUGCCAGAUUGGAAUGAAGAGGACAGCAAUCCGUCACCUGCACUGAAAAGAACUUAGUUUCACACAGAAGAAGUUGUUUUCUUUUCGCUAAAAGAGUUUUACAGGCUGUGUUAUUGCAGUGUCAGUUAUUGCAAGACCCUGAAAUUGACCCUAAAACUGAAUUACUCCCUUGUUCCUAACACUCUUAUAAUCUUUUCCUGUUCUUAAUGCCAAAGCAGUCUGCUGAUUAGAUUUGCUGAAUGUAUUUCAGCGAAUCAUUGACAUCAGCACCUUUUUACAAACAGACAUAUAUGCAAUAACAGCCCUAUUCCUAUCUGGGUCAAAGAAAGGAACUUAGAUAGCUGUAUCAGGAAGCAAUUAUGAAAAUAAGAACAACUAUGCAGGGCCAGACCAAAGUAUUCUGUGACCAGAAAGAGAUGUGUGAGGAAGUGAGUAAGAAUAACACAAGCAUGCACUUCCCUGGAGUGCUCUUUCAGUCGUCAACAAUUUAUUCUCUGAAGCUCUCCUUAUGCCCAUGUAACCACUAUGGGCAACAUCUUCCUGCAGGGAACCCUGCUGCUUAACUAUACACUUUAUGAAGAGCCAUCUGGUUCUGCUCAUUUUGAACCAGCUAGCUUUAUUUGGUGUCUCUUCAUUCUCAUGUUGGAAAAGAAAGAGAAUACUCAGUUCCUCUUUACCUUCAUUAUGCUGUUCAUGGCCUUCUAGACCAACGUCAUAAUCCCUCUCCAACAACCCUUUUCCAAGCUGGAAAGCCAAAGGCUGCUUCUUUGCUCCUUGUAUGGAAAUUUCUCCAUGUUUUUGGUAACCCUUUCUGCUCUUCUCUGAUUGUUUUCCCCAUCACCUUGAAAGUGAGGAUGAAGAUUGCACAUGGUAUUUGACAGGCAAUUCAAUUGGGUAAGCACUAAAUCAUUACCGCUGCAUGAUGGUGUUCUCUGUUUUAUUCUCUUUUCCUUCUCUAAUAGUUGCUAAUGUGUUACAGUGGCUCUUGAGUCUUUCAGAUCUCAAAUUCAAGGUAAAUUUCAGUUACGUGAGCUCAAUAUUUUUUUUUCCAUUUGCAUUUUUCCAAUAACCUUGCUGAGUCCAAUGUAAAAUAAUAAAAAAUUUGCAUUAACUUA